AUGACCGAUUUGUUUGCCGGAAAGCCUCUUAUCAACCAAAAAGGAGAAGAACUCGACGGAAGAGAUGCUCUCCGCGGGAAGAAGAUCAUCGGACUAUAUUUUUCUGCAAUGUGGUGUGGAUCGUGUCGUCAAUUCACUCCGAAACUCAAAAGAUUCUAUGAGCAAUUGAAGGCCGCCGGAAAGGAUAUUGAGAUUGUUCUGGUGUCUAGAGAUAGGGAAGCCGAGGAUUUGUUGGAAUACUUGGAACAUGGAGGCAAUUGGGUCGCCAUUCCAUUUGGCGAUGAGAGAAUUCAAGAAUACCUCAAGAAGUACGAGGUCCCCACCAUUCCGGCAUUCAAACUCAUCAACUCUGCCGGUGAACUCCUUCAUGACGCCCGUGCCGACGUCACUGAACGUGGAAAAGACGACGCCGUCGCUGUUUACGACGAGUGGGUCGAGAAGUACCCGGCUAACUAG